AUGACUUUCCCUCUAUUUAACGCUCUUCUUUUCUACUUAACACUUCCAUUUUGGAACGGCCAUCUAAAAUCUCAGCGCCUGCCAGACUCUGCUCCCAUUAGCGUCAUUGAUCGCUUUCACAACUGUACUACUGUUCCCACUGGCUUAGGAACAUCUGACCUAGCCGAUUCACGCUUCAAUACCAUUUUGAAUGCCAGAGAAAUCGAAUCCGCACUACAGAGCCUCGAGAGCCACUACGAUGUCUCUCUUACCCACGCGCCUUAUAAGAGCUACUGGGGGUAUGCUCCACUAGUAGCACAUAUCAAGUUCAAGCCUUUGCCUACUCCCCGCCGAGCUCCUUCGACCAAAGAAAAAAUACCCCAGACUGUCUUUCUUACGUCAGGCUUUCAAGGCCGCGAGCGCGGCGGCCCAGAUAGUCUCAUUUACUUUAUCUCUGAUCUUCUCUACGCCUAUGAAAAUUCCAAGGGCCUCACCUAUGGCAGAGUUUACUUUACACAUGAUCAAGUGCGACAGGCAUUGUCGCAAAAUAUUAUGAUUCUCCCAAUGACCAACCCGGACGGUCUUAUCUGGGAUCAGCGUCACGAUAGUUGUUGGGGCAAGAACCUGAAUCUCACUAUGCGUAAAAGCUCACCCUUUGGAACCAAAUUGAGAGGAAUAGGUGUAAACAUCGACCGCAACUUCGACAUUGCAUGGGACUAUAGACGCAUAUUCAGCAAGAAAGCCACGGAUGUCGCAUCCGACAACCCCUUGCAUGAGCUCUACCACGGUACAGAGCCCUUUUCAGAGGCCGAAUCCCGCAACGUUGCUUGGGUUAUUAACAAUCAUCCUGAGAUCCGCUGGUACAUGAACAUCGGUACCAAUUCUCGUGCCAUCAACCACCCAUGGGAUAUUAGCGGUGUUCAGAUCUUAGAUCCCACGCAAAACUGGCGCAAUGAAACCUAUGACGGGAAGCGUGGCGACCCGGAAUACUCGUACGGCGAGUUCAUGAAGGAAACGGAGAGGAACAGAUUUCAUCGUGUCGCCUACAACAUCGCCGAGCAGGUGCAAGUUGUGUAUGGUAAAGAAUUCAAACACCAGCAUGAUGUAAAAGAGAAGAGCAAGCUCUUUCUGGGAGCCUCUGGAACAGCGACCGACUGGGCUUACAGCCAGCAUAUUGUCAACAAAAAACGCGAGGUUUACUCGUUGAAGUUCCAGUUUGGGUUGUCAGACGAGGAGGCCGAGGCCAUUGCACUGAGAGGCGGCUGUCCUUACUACCCUACCAGCGAGCAAUACAAAAGAGGCAUGAUCGAGGCUGCUGCAGGGUAUAUGAGGUUCCUGCUAGGAGUGUCAGAAGAGUUUCAGAGCGAACCUCCUAGGGUCCCGCUCGAAUAG